UUCCAAUACAAAAUAGGUCUGAUUAUUGAUGCUUUUGGUGAAUUAAGAGAUCAGCAAGAACAAGUGAGAGAGGAUAUGGAGACCAAAUGUUUUAUUUGCGGAAUCGGUAAUGACUAUUUUGACACAACCCCCCAUGGCUUUGAAACACACACUUUGCAAGAGCACAACUUGGCAAACUACCUGUUCUUUUUAAUGUAUCUCAUUAAUAAGGAUGAAACUGAGCAUACUGGCCAGGAGUCAUUUGUGUGGAAGAUGUACCAAGAAAGGUGUUGGGAUUUCUUCCCUGCAGGAGACUGCUUUCGGAAACAGUAUGAGGAUCAACUUGGCUAACGUUACCGCAUAAGAGACGACUCUAUUCAUGAACUGUUAAAAUCCUGUAAACGAAAAACCUCUUACCU